UUUAUUUCAUCAAUCUUCAAUGAUUGAAUCGGAGAAUCACAAAGUUGUGAUUGUUCUUGAUAGAAGUCCAAAGUUUGCUGCAUUGGCUCCAACAGCAGAAAUCCCAACAACAACAACCCCUUUAAAUGACUCAAAACCUUCAAAAACUCUGUGGAAUUGUUCAAUAGAAGCUGCCUUAGAAUUUCAUCGAGUUGUUUCUGAUUUAUUUCCUCAAGGCCAAAAACAAUUACGCUAUAUUACUUCUGAUUAUGUUGGGAAGUUUAUUACACCUGGAUGGUCUGAUAAUUUAAUUUCACAAAAAGAGCUCUUUGAUGCUUUAAAUGCUUGUGAAGCCCCACAAGCUGGCGGUGACAUUUCUUCUUGUUCAAUACUAAAUGGAAUUUUGUUUGCUUUGGAAGCAAUGACAGAAAGAAGUCCAAAACAGAGAAACGAUUUACGCGAAUAUUUGGAUUAUUUGGACCAAAAAGAAGAGGAAAGAUUAAAAUUAUAUGCUAGAGGACCUAAAAGUUUUGAUGAAAUUUUGAAAGAAAAACAAACGAAAGGAAAUUCUGGAAAAAAUAAUUUUAGAAUAAAUAAUAAAGGGGCCGUUGUAAUUAUUACUUCUCUUGAAUCAGUAUCCGAAUAUGAAUCCAUUAUUGAAUAUUUUACUGAACAAAUUUUGGCAAAAAAUGAAUCUAUUAAAACUGCAAUUGAUGAAAAAAUGGUUCGUAUUGACCAAACAGAUUUAUUUAUUUUACAUGUUGAUUUACCUGGAAAUCAAAAUAAUAUAAUUUCUAAUAAAGAAAAGCAAUAUUCUUUCUUCAAUUCUCGACUUUUUUCUGUUCUGCCUGGAAUUAAUUUAAUUACGGGAAUUCAUCGAGUUUUACAAGAUGUCUACUCACUUGUCUCUACUACUGUUGUUGGAAUACCUAUGAAGGAAGCAAAUCAAUCAGGCCAAUCAAUUCAUUAUGAUGUAGAAUUACUCCAUCCAAAAAUUGCCCAUUCUGCAUUAAAAAAUAGCGGUUUAUUAGAAGAAAAUAAUUCAAAAUUAUUGGAUAAUGUAACUGUUCAUUGGAAUUUAUUUAAUUCUGUUCGUUUAAAAUGGUGUACAGCAAAGGCUUUGAAAAAUGAAAUUGUACCAUUAAUUUGUGAACAAGCAUAUCCCUUCACUUUGGCAUUUAAUAAAAAUAGAGCAUCAAUUUGUUUAACAUCAUUUGUAGUUAAUGGAAAGAGUGUAAUGUUAGAAGUAAUUCAAGAAGCUUUUCAAUCAUUAAUUAUUCCAAAUGUUAAAGAUAAAUUAAUUUCACAUUAUUUAAGUAAAAAUGAAGAAGGAAGGCUUGUUAUACAAUUGGUUAAUUUUGAAGAGAAAAAAGCAAUUAAAACUGAAAAAAUUGAAGAAUUUAAUACUCAAGAAAUACCUCAAACAAGUCAAACAUCUUGUGUAGAACAACAAAUCACUCCAAAAAUUAAAUGGGCUUCUACAAAUCCGAGAGAUGUUUCGGUUAAUCCACAAGAGGAAAUUUUGAAAACUCCAAAACGUCCAUUAACAAUAGAAGAAACUCCUUCAAAACAACAACAAAUAAAAUCUCAAACUAAUGAGGAAUUAAUGAAUCAAAGAAUUAAACAAAGAAAAACCCAAAUAGCCGAACUUUGGCAACCGAGAGAAGAAUUAGAUUUGUAUGAUUGGUGGCGUUCACAAUAUAAAACUAAAUUUUGGGCUAAUUGGAAAGGGGAAUUUGAGGGAAGAAAAAAGUUUGGGGAUAAAGCACAGGAAUGUUUAUAUCCGGGAUUGAAGUUGCCGCCUGGACAGACAAAGUGGACAGGGACGGGAAAUGCUGGACCUAUUGAAUAAAU